AUGGCUGCCUCGGGGGGUGUAUGGGCUCCAGUAGCCAUGCGCCUGCUCCGUUCGGCCGCCGCAAACGCCUCCAAGGCGAUUCGGCACACGUUUCCCAAUGCACCCAAGCUCCAACCCGCUCCCAUACGAUCCGCAAUCUCUACGGGAAGACAUCCCAUCCACCCAGCUGCUCUGCUCCGCCAGCGACGUUCGGCACGGUGGUCAUCGACCAAAGCCUACCAGCAUAUUCAAAGUGCCGCCCGCCGGUGGAUGUCCUCUGGUAACACCGCAUCCGCCAGUCCCCGUUUCGACCGGACCAAAUUCCCCACAUCGAAUACAUCCCGCCGCGUGGCCCAGGGUACCGGCCGCGCCCCUUUCGCCAGCACACUUCGCCCGAACCUGACCGGCGGCACACUCUGCCGUACGCAAGGCGGCUACAGCACCGGCGGUGGCGCACGCUACUUCUCGCACACGCCGGCCGCCCCGGCGCAAGUGGUCCAGAACGUCGGCGUCGCCAUGCGCGCCUUCUUCCUCUCAGGACAGAAGGCACGGUUCGACGGCCUCAACGAGCGCGGCGACAAGCGGUACAGGGCCGUCUCGACGCUCGAGCACGAGGCCGGGUGCAGGAUGGCCAAGGUCUCCCGCUUUGAGCCUGGCUCCUUUGUGGACUUCCAGCUGAGCCCCACCGUCACGGCUCUGAGCCCGCUCGCUGCUGCCUUCCCCUUCCGCGCCGGUACCAAGAACGACGGCGUCACGCUGAACCGCGACGGUUUCCUCGAUGUCCUGUCCGAGGACUUUGGCCGCGCCCUCAAGGAUUUGACAGCCGUUUUCGCCGAUCUGAAACGGUUGGCUGUGUUAGGAGAUCUGCCUGUAACGUUGGAGAAGUCGAACAUUAUCAGGGUUCGGUUCCCUGGCGUGGAUGCCGCGACGGCAGAGCGACUUUGCGACGACGUUGGUUUACAGCGUGGCGCUGUCUAUCAAGACCCAGAGUUUAACACAAACGGCGGCGUUCAGGUUGCGCUCAAGUUCCCCUUCGCGCCCGACAGCCAGGCAUCAGAAAAGACCAUGACGUCUCCAGGCGGCACUUUGCGCUCUCUUUCGGGUCUAUCAGAGGCAUUCGAUGAUGCCUUUGUGGAUGCCGAGAUGGCGGAGAACCCAUGGCUUUCCGAUCCCGAGGGAUACGAGAGCAUGUCGCCGCCUCCUUUGAGUUCGGGAACACACUGUUCCCAAGAGUUCGAUGGUCUUGAGGGCAUCUAUCGUUUUAUGGAAGAAUGUGACAGGGCCAAGGGUCGGUACUAG